CUCUCCUCUCUGAAAACUGAAUGAUAUCCCCACCUGUCUCUCUCUCCACCCCCACCCUUCUCUCUCUUCUGGGUCUUUCACUUUCCAUGGAUUGAAAGCUAAGUCUCUCUCUCUCGCUGACGCGCGAAAGCGAAAGUGUGGAUGCGAAGCCAAAAAUUUGUACCCAGAAGAAGGAGUUUUAACCUUCAAAGACCCGGCAACAAUCCAUGCCACAUGCCCCCUCCACCCGUUCGCAGUCCCUGCCUCCAAGGCCAUCAUUGUCGUGUCUCGACGUUCUCGUCUUGUCUCUGUCUCCGUGACAUCGUUCCUGCGAUCCGACUAUAUAUUGCCGACAUGGGUUUUCGUUUCUUGUGAUAUUUGGGCGUCUGAAUGUGUUCUUUUCUUGGUUCAUAGCCCUCGAUAGGCAAUGGGGUUGUUCAGGAAGUUCUUUUACAAGAAGCCGCCCGAUGGGCUCUUGGAGAUUUCUGAAAGAGUUUACGUGUUUGAUUACUGUUUUACCACUGAUGCUUUGGAGGAGGAUGAAUAUAAAGUAUACAUUGGAGGUGUAGUAAGUGAGCUCUGUGACCAUUCCCCUGAUGCCUCUUUCAUGGUGUUCAAUUUCCGGGAAGGAGAGAACCAAAGCCAUAUUGCCAAAUUAUUGUCUGAAUAUGAUAUGACUGUCAUGGAUUACCCUCGACAUUAUGAAGGUUGCCCCGUACUUACAAUGGAGAUGAUCCAUCACUUCUUAAGAUCCUCCGAGAGCUGGUUGUUACUUGGGCAACAGAAUGUGCUACUGAUGCACUGUGAAAGAGGUGGGUGGCCAGUUUUGGCAUUCAUGUUGGCGGCACUUCUAAUUUAUAGGAAGCAAUAUACAGGAGAGCAGAAAACAUUGGAUAUGGUUUACAAGCAAGCGCCUCGUGAACUCUUGCAACUGAUGUCACCUCUCAAUCCAUUGCCUUCACAGUUGAGAUAUCUGCAGUAUGUAUCAAGAAGAAAUGUUGGCUCAGAGUGGCCUCCACUGGAUAGGGCUCUCACAUUAGACUGCAUUAUACUAAGAUUAAUUCCUACUUUGGAUGCUGAAGGGGGCUGCCGUCCCAUCUUCAGGAUAUUUGGACAGGACCCAUUUAUGAUCGCUGAUAAAACUCCCAAAGUCCUGUUUUCGACACCAAAACGGAGCAAACUUGUUAGGCAUUACAAGCAGGCAGACUGUGAGCUAGUUAAAAUUGAUAUCCAUUGCUACAUUCAAGGUGAUGUUGUCCUUGAGUGUAUUAGCCUGGAUGAUGAUCUUGAUCAUGAAGAAAUGAUGUUCAGAGUGAUGUUUAACACAGCUUUCAUAAGGGCAAAUAUCUUGAUGCUUAACCGUGAUGAAAUUGAUGUGUUAUGGAAUUCCAAAGAUCAGUAUCCCAAGGAUUUUAGAGCAGAGAUUCUUUUCUCGGACAUGGAUGCUGCUUCUUCUCUUAUCCCAGUUGAGUUGCCCAGUAAUGAGGAGAAAGAAGGCCUGCCUGUGGAAGCAUUUGCUAAAGUACGAGAAAUUUUCAGCAGUGUGGACUGGACUGAUCGAAAAGCAGAUGUAGCACUUAAUGUGCUCCACCAAAUCCAGGCAACAAGUGUCCUUUCUGAAAACCUGAAAAGUGGUGGUGCUCAGUAUGAUAUAACAAAUUUGUUGUUGGACUCAAGUCCGAUGAAGGAAACCAAAACGCAGAAAGAACCUGCAGACAGAAGUGGAGAUGAAGCCCCUGUGAAACACUCAAUGUCUCCUUCAGAACCAUCUGAAGAUGAUCGUACAACUAUCAAGAAAGUGGAAGCACAAGAAGAACAGGCCCUCAAGCAGAGACCCAUCUCUACCUUGGAACCAUCUCAAGAUGCUGGCUUAAUUGUUCAAAAGGUUGAGGUUAAAGAAACACAGGUUUCUGCCCAGCGACCUGAUCCAGCAAAGCUUAUUUCACAAAGAUUAUCUCGCAGUUCUCUGUCUGCUCCUGUUUUGAAUGCUAAUUUAUUGCAAGGAUCGUCUAUUCCUGUGUCAAGGUAUCAUAGUGCACCUUCAGCUCUCGGCAUUACAGCUUUGUUGCAAGACCAUGCUGCCUCCCAGACUGAUGAAAUCAUCGAUCCAUUGACAAAAUCGUCUAUCUCAGCUAUUUCCUCUCCCAUGUUAAGCAUUUCUAGGCCAAUGCAUUCCCAUACAGUGUUAAAUCCACUUUUGCCACAACCAUUACUGGUACUGCCACGGCAGCCACCUCUAUCUAGUAAUUCAGUUGGGCCACACACAGCUGUAGAUAAGCUUUCUCAAAAUGCUCAAUUAACCAUGGAAUCAGAAGACUCCUUGCUAAGUGAAACCAUUGGGCCAACCCUAUCUCCAUUAGAUGACAAUGCACUUGAGCAUGGUGGUCGGUCAUCAAUUUUAUCCAAUCUUUCACCUCAAUCCUCUUUAUCAGGACCAUUUGAUUUUCCUGCUACCAAGAUCUCAUCUCUGCUUCCUUCUCCUCCUGUUCUGGCUUCUCCAUCCCAAGUGGAAUCUUUAUCCAACAUUGCAAAAAGCUUGUCUUCAAAUGCCUCUUCUCCAACCCAUGUCAUUUCAACCGUUGCAUCAUUGAUUGGCAAUAACUCCUCUCCAUCUCCUCCCCUUCCAGCAUCUGAAGUUUCUGCAUCAGCUGCUUCCCUCAUUUCCAGGGUGCCCUCCACAAAGAGCUUGGCAGUUAUUUCCAAGCCCCAAUCCUUCCCCCACCCCCCCCCGCCCCCGCCCCCACCUCCAUCUCCAUCUCCAUCUCCACAUCCUCGUACUGCCUUGGGUUCUGGGUCUGCAGCUCUAGUGCCUCCACCUCCACCUCCACCUCCACCACCGCCGUGUACUGAACCUGCCUCAGGUUUCAUGACUGCGCCUCCACAUCCACCUCCGCUUCCUCCUAGUUCUGACCCUGUUUCUGGUUUCGUGACUACACCUCCACCUCCUUUUUCUCGUUCUGACCCUGCUUCAGGUUUUGUGAGUACACCUCCAGCACCUCCACCUACCCCUCCACUUCCUUCUUAUUCUGGCAGAGCCUUAGGUUCUAUGGCUGCGCCUCCUGUGCCUCUGCUUCCCUCUCCUCGAUCUGCACCUCUGCCAGGUUCUAUGGUUACACCUCCCCCUCCCCCACCUCAGUCUGGCUUUCUGCCAGGUUCAACUGUCACAGCUCCAGCAGCUCCACCUCUCUCUCCUCUGGGUUCUGGACCUGUGUCAGGUUCUAUAUCAACACCUUCAGCACCACCUCCUCCACCUCCUCCUGGUUUGACACAGAAAGCAUCCAUUUCUAAGAAUUCUGCAACCAUUCCACCACCCCCUCCACAACCUCUCACUGGAGGGAAUAUUGGACCUGUACCUGCAACUCCUAAUCCUCCAACUCCACCAUUUCACCCAAAGGGGCGGAUUUUAUCACGUUCAGGUCCAAGAAACCAGGUUCAACAAAAAAAAGCAAACCUGAAGCCUUAUCAUUGGUUAAAACUAACCAGGGCUAUGCAGGGAAGCUUAUGGGCGGAGGCACAAAAGUCAGAUGAUUCUUUAAAGGCUCCAGAGUUUGACAUGUCAGAGAUCGAAAGCCUUUUUUCAGUAGCUUCAACUUCAGAUAGCACUCAUGGAAAAUCAAGUCGUGCUUCUGGACGUAAAUCUGAUAAAAUUCAACUGAUUGAUCUUCGGAGGGCAUACAACUGUGAGAUUAUGCUUACAAAGGUCAAAGUUCCCUUGCCUGAUUUGAUGAGUUUUGUCCUUGCCCUAGAUGAUUCAGCAUUAGAUGUGGAUCAGGUCGAUAACCUUAUAAAGUUCUGCCCAACAAAAGAAGAGAUUGAGUUACUCAAGGGUUAUAAUGGAGACAAGGAAGCCCUGGGCAAAUGCGAGCAGUUCUUCCUAGAAUUGAUGAAAGUUCCGCGAGUAGAGGCCAAGCUUAGGGUUUUCUCAUUUAAGAUACAAUUUCAUUCCCAGGUUUCAGAUCUGAGUAGUAGUUUGAAUGUUGUGAAUGCUGCAUCGGAAGAGGCAAGCCUUUUCUCCUUCCAUCUUCUAUCUCUUCUAGCGAAAGCUUUAACAAUUUGCAUAAAUAUAACUCUUCUCCAAUCUGAUCAGAUCAGGAACUCAGUCAAACUAAAGAGAAUUAUGCAGACAAUUCUUUCCUUGGGCAAUGCGUUAAACCAAGGAACUGCACGGGGUUCUGCAAUUGGAUUCCGAUUGGAUAGCCUCCUUAAACUCACCGAUACACGGGCCAAGAACAACAAGAUAACUCUCAUGCAUUAUCUUUGUAAGGUGCUUGCGGAGAAGCUGCCAGAAGUUAUAGACUUUCCCAAAGACCUUACACAUCUAGAGGCUUCAACAAAGAUACAAUUGAAGUUCUUGGCAGAAGAAAUGCAAGCCAUUAGUAAGGGGCUUGAAAAAGUUGUGCAGGAAUUGGCUGCCUCUGAAAAUGAUGGACCUGUAUCAAAAAACUUUUGUGAGAAUCUGAAGAGUUUCUAGGAAAUGCUGAGGCGGAGGUGAGGUCGUUGGCUUUGCUUUAUUCGAGUGUGGGUAGAAGUGCAGAUGCAUUGGCCCUCUAUUUUGGGGAAGAUCCAGCUCGUUGCCCAUUUGAGCAAGUUGUGUCGACUCUGCUCAAUUUCGUCAGAACGUUUAUACGGGCACAUGACGAAAACUGCAAGCAGUUAGAACUUGAAAAGAGGAAAAUGCAGAAAGAGGCUGAGACACCUAAAGUGAAGACGGGUGCUCUUGAGGCAGCUUGAAGUGUUGAAGAUCAUUUGAGGAAUUGCAAAAUGCAAAGUGAGGAUGGGCGACCUUGGCAACUGCUUGGUCUGGACUUGGCAUAUUGAAAAUAAGUGGUGUCUAUCAAACUGUGACAGUGUGAAAGUGCAUUCUCAUCUCAAGGAUUAGAAGAUGCUUUUGCACUUGAGAGAGAUUCUCAAUACGUGUGCAAGGUGAAUGGCUGGCAAGUAUACAUAGUGAAAUGUGCAAUCCGAACUGACAUUCGUGGCAGAUAGGAGUAGAUCUGACAGCAAGAACAAGCCGUAGAGAAGACAAAAGUAGCUUCUCAGAUUGACAGAAAACAUGAUCGCUUCCUGAGUAACAAGCUUAUCAACGUAGCCAUUUUGCUAUGGUACCAUUUGGGCGAUACAGAUCCGCCCGGUAAAUAAUAGUUAAUUUGCUUCUCGAUUGGCUCAACCACCAUAUAUCUGAUUUUGUUGUAAAAGUGUUAGCAUCAGCAAUGAUCUUGUUCUUUAUCCAUUUUUUUGUUUGGUAAUUCGUUUAGUGUCCAUUCUGUGUAUCAAGCAAAUUUUGCCACGAGAAUUUCAUCAAAUGGUGAAUAGCCAAGCAAGUAUGCAGUUUUGAUCUUCGAA